AUGUCAGAUAAGUGUAUUACCUCCUGUUAUAGUGAAUAAAAAUCUGCUCUUUAAUGUCAGAUUUGCCAGACUGAACUUCCUAAGACCUGUGUGGUGACUGUUUUUACCUCCCUGUGCCCAACAUCUUGAAGAAGAUCAGGAUUUUUCAGGCUCUUCCUCCUCAAAUUGGUAGCACACACUUGCUCUGCUCCUGUAUCUCUUCACCUUUGGAGAGAUGUUGAAGUUCAAAUAUGGAGCAAGGAAUCUGCUGGACGCUGGUGCUGCUGAACCCAUUGCCAGCCGGGCCUCCAGGUUGAAUCAUUUCUUCCAGGGGAAACCACCCUUUCUGACUCAACAGCAGAUGUCUCCUCUUUCCCGAGAAGGGAUAUUAGAUGCCCUCUUCGUUCUCUUUGAAGAAUGCAGUCAGCCUGCUCUGAUGAAGAUUAAGCACGUGAGCAACUUUGUCCGCAAAUAUUCCGACACCAUCGCUGAGUUACAGGAGCUCCAGCCUUCAGCAAAAGACUUUGAAUUCCGAAGUCUCGUGGGCUGUGGCCACUUUGCUGAAGUGCAGGUGGUAAGAGAGCGAGCAACUGGCGACGUCUAUGCCAUGAAGGUCAUGAAGAAGACGGCCUUGUUGGCCCAAGAGCAGGUUUCAUUUUUUGAGGAAGAACGGAACAUAUUAUCUCAGAGCACAAGCCCUUGGAUUCCCCAGUUACAGUACGCCUUUCAGGACAAAAAUAACCUUUAUCUGGUCAUGGAAUAUCAGCCUGGAGGGGACUUGCUGUCACUUUUGAACAGAUACGAGGACCAAUUAGAUGAAAAUACGAUUCAGUUUUACCUAGCCGAAUUGAUUUUGGCUGUUCACAGCAUUCAUCAGAUGGGAUAUGUGCAUCGAGACGUCAAGCCUGAGAACAUACUCAUUGACCGAAUAGGACACAUCAAGCUUGUGGAUUUUGGAUCAGCGGCUAAAAUGAGCUCGAAUAAGAUGGUGAACGCAAAACUCCCGAUUGGGACCCCAGAUUACAUGGCCCCUGAAGUGUUGACUGUGAUGAAUGGGGACGGAAAAGGCGUCUAUAGUCUGGAUUGUGACUGGUGGUCAGUGGGAGUUAUUGCUUAUGAGAUGGUUUAUGGAAGAUCCCCAUUCACUGAGGGAACAUCAGCCAGAACCUUCAAUAACAUCAUGAAUUUCCAGCGGUUUUUGAAGUUUCCAGAUGAUCCAAAAGUUAGCAGCGAAUUACUUGAUCUGAUUCAGAGUUUGUUGUGUGGCCAGAAAGAGAGACUGAAGUUUGAAGGCCUUUGCUGCCACCCUUUCUUCUCCAAAAUCGACUGGAAUAACAUUCGUAACUCUCCUCCCCCCUUCGUUCCCACCCUCAAGUCUGAUGAUGACACCUCCAAUUUUGAUGAACCAGAGAAGAAUUCGUGGGUUUCAUCCUCUCCGCGCCAGCUGAACCUCUCCGGUUUCUCGGGCGAAGAACUGCCGUUUGUGGGGUUUUCGUAUAGCAAGGCACUGGGAAUUCUUGGUAGAUCUGAGUCUGUUGUGUCAAGUCUGGACUCCCCUGCCAAGACUAGCUCCAUGGAAAAGAAACUUCUCAUCAAAAGCAAAGAGCUGCAAGACUCCCAGGACAAGUGCCACAAGAUGGAGCAGGAAAUGACCCGGUUACAUCGGAGAGUGUCAGAGGUGGAGGCUGUGCUUAGUCAGAAGGAGGUGGAGCUGAAGGCCUCUGAGACUCAGAGAUCCCUCCUGGAGCAGGACCUUGCUACCUACAUCACAGAAUGCAGUAGCUUAAAGCGAAGUUUGGAGCAAGCACGGAUGGAGGUGUCCCAGGAGGAUGACAAAGCGCUUCAGCUUCUCCAUGACAUCAGAGAGCAGAGCCGGAAGCUCCAGGAAAUCAAAGAGCAGGAGUACCAGGCUCAAGUGGAAGAAAUGAGGUUAAUGAUGAAUCAGCUGGAAGAGGACCUCGUUUCAGCGAGGAGACGGAGUGAUCUCUAUGAAUCGGAGUUGAGAGAGUCUCGGCUCGCUGCUGAAGAGUUCAAGCGGAAAGCCACAGAAUGUCAGCAUAAACUGAUGAAGGCUAAGGAUCAAGGGAAGCCUGAAGUGGGAGAAUAUUCCAAACUAGAGAAGAUCAAUGCUGAGCAACAGCUCAAAAUUCAGGAGCUCCAAGACAAGCUGGAAAAGGCUGUAAAAGCCAGCACAGAGGCCACUGAGCUGCUGCAGAAUAUCCGCCAGGCAAAGGAGCGAGCCGAGCGUGAGCUGGAGAAGCUGCAGAACCGUGAGGACUCCUCUGAAGGCAUAAAAAAGAAGCUGGUGGAGGCCGAGGAACGCCGCCAUUCUCUGGAGAACAAGGUAAAGAGGCUAGAGACCAUGGAGCGUAGAGAAAACAGACUGAAGGAUGACAUCCAGACAAAAUCCCAACAGAUCCAGCAGAUGGCUGAUAAAAUUCUGGAGCUGGAGGAGAAGCACCGCGAGGCCCAGGUCUCAGCCCAGCACCUAGAGGUGCACCUGAAACAGAAAGAACAGCACUACGAAGAAAAAAUUAAAGUGUUGGACAACCAGAUAAAGAAAGACCUGGCCGAUAAAGAGACUCUGGAGAAUCUGAUGCAGAGACACGAAGAGGAGGCCCACGAGAAGGGCAAAAUUCUCAGUGAGCAGAAGGCGAUGAUCAAUGCUAUGGAUUCCAAGAUCAGAUCCCUGGAACAGAGGAUUGUGGAACUCUCAGAAGCCAAUAAACUUGCAGCAAACAGCAGUCUUUUUACCCAGAGGAACAUGAAGGCCCAGGAAGAGAUGAUUUCAGAACUCAGGCAGCAGAAGUUCUACCUGGAGACACAGGCAGGGAAACUGGAGGCCCAGAACCGAAAGCUGGAGGAGCAGCUGGAGAAAAUCAGCCACCAAGACCACAGCGACAAGAACCGGCUGCUGGAGCUGGAGACGAGGCUGAGGGAGGUCAGUCUAGAGCACGAGGAGCAGAAACUGGAGCUGAAGCGUCAGCUCACAGAGCUGCAACUCUCCCUGCAAGAGCGCGAGUCCCAGCUGACGGCCCUGCAGGCGGCCCGGGCGGCCCUGGAGAGCCAGCUUCGCCAGGCCAAGACCGAGCUGGAGGAGACGACGGCGGAGGCGGAAGAAGAGAUCCAGGCGCUCACGGCACAUAGAGAUGAAAUCCAGCGCAAAUUUGACGCCCUUCGUAACAGCUGUACUGUAAUCACAGACCUGGAGGAGCAGCUAAACCAGCUGACCGAGGACAACGCUGAGCUCAACAACCAAAAUUUCUACUUGUCCAAACAACUCGACGAGGCUUCUGGCGCCAACGAUGAGAUAGUACAGCUACGAAGCGAAGUGGACCAUCUCCGCCGCGAGAUUACGGAGAGAGAGAUGCAGCUCACCAGCCAGAAGCAAGCACAACUGAGUGGUACUGAUUUGCAGACGAUGGAGGCUCUGAAGACCACUUGCACGAUGCUGGAAGAACAGGUCAUGGACCUGGAGGCCCUAAACGACGAACUGCUGGAAAAAGAGCGUCAGUGGGAGGCGUGGAGGAGUGUCCUUGGUGACGAGAAGUCCCAGUUUGAGUGUCGGGUUCGAGAGUUACAGAGGAUGCUGGACACCGAGAAGCAGAGCAGGGCGAGGGCCGAUCAGCGGAUCACUGAGUCCCGCCAGGUGGUGGAGCUGGCGGUGAAGGAGCACAAGGCUGAGAUUCUCGCUCUGCAGCAGGCCCUCAAAGAGCAGAAGCUAAAAGCCGAGAGCCUCUCUGACAAGCUCAAUGAUCUGGAGAAGAAACAUGCCAUGCUUGAAAUGAACGCCCGAAGUUUACAGCAGAAACUGGAGACUGAACGGGAGCUCAAACAGAGGCUUCUGGAAGAGCAAGCCAAAUUACAGCAGCAGAUGGAUCUGCAGAAGAAUCACAUCUUCCGUCUGACUCAAGGGCUGCAGGAAGCCCUAGACCGGGCUGAUCUGCUGAAGACGGAAAGGAGCGAUCUGGAGUACCAGCUGGAAAACAUUCAGGUUCUCUAUUCUCAUGAAAAAGUGAAAAUGGAAGGUACUAUUUCUCAACAAACCAAACUCAUUGAUUUUCUGCAAGCCAAAAUGGACCAGCCCGCUAAAAAGAAAAAGGUUCCUCUGCAGUACAAUGAGCUGAAGGUGGCUCUGGAGAAGGAGAAAGCUCGCUGUGCAGAGCUAGAGGAAGCCCUUCAGAAGACCCGCAUCGAGCUCCGGUCUGCCCGGGAGGAAGCUGCCCACCGGAAGGCCACAGACCACCCGCACCCAUCUACGCCAGCCACCGCGAGGCAGCAGAUCGCCAUGUCCGCCAUCGUGCGGUCGCCCGAGCACCAGCCCAGUGCCAUGAGCCUGCUCGCCCCGCCCUCCAGCCGCAGAAAGGAGUCAUCGACUCCAGAGGAAUUCAGUCGGCGUCUUAAGGAGCGCAUGCACCACAAUAUUCCUCACCGAUUUAACGUAGGAUUGAACAUGCGAGCCACAAAGUGCGCUGUGUGUCUGGAUACUGUGCACUUUGGGCGCCAGGCAUCCAAAUGUCUUGAAUGUCAGGUGAUGUGUCAUCCCAAGUGCUCUACGUGCUUGCCAGCCACCUGUGGCCUGCCAGCCGAGUAUGCCACACACUUCACCGAGGCCUUCUGCCGUGACAAAAUGAACUCCCCGGGUCUCCAGACCAAGGAGCCCAGCAGCGGCCUGCACCUGGAAGGGUGGAUGAAAGUGCCCAGGAAUAACAAACGAGGACAGCAAGGCUGGGACAGGAAGUACAUUGUCCUGGAGGGAUCUAAAGUCCUCAUUUAUGACAGUGAAGCCAGAGAAGCUGGACAGAGGCCGGUGGAAGAAUUUGAGCUGUGCCUUCCCGACGGGGAUGUAUCUAUUCAUGGCGCCGUUGGUGCUUCUGAGCUUGCAAAUACAGCCAAAGCAGAUGUCCCCUACAUACUGAAGAUGGAGUCUCACCCACACACCACCUGCUGGCCCGGGAGAACACUCUACUUGCUGGCUCCCAGCUUCCCCGACAAACAGCGCUGGGUCACCGCCUUAGAGUCUGUGGUCGCAGGUGGGAGAGUUUCUAGGGAAAAAGCAGAAGCUGAUGCUAAAUUGCUUGGAAACUCCCUGCUGAAACUGGAAGGUGAUGACCGUCUAGACAUGAACUGCACACUGCCCUUCAGCGACCAGGUGGUGUUGGUAGGCACUGAGGAAGGGCUCUAUGCUCUGAAUGUCUUGAAAAACUCCCUCACCCAUGUCCCAGGAAUCGGAGCAGUCUUCCAAAUUUAUAUCAUCAAGGACCUGGAGAAGCUACUCAUGAUAGCAGGAGAAGAGCGAGCUCUGUGCCUUGUUGACGUGAAGAAAGUGAAGCAGUCCCUGGCGCAGGCUCACCUUCCCGCCCAGCCCGACAUCUCACCCAACGUUUUUGAAGCCGUGAAGGGCUGUCACUUGUUUGCUGCUGGCAAGAUUGAGAACGGGCUCUGCAUCUGUGCAGCCAUGCCCAGCAAAGUCAUCAUUCUCCGCUACAAUGAAAACCUCAGCAAGUACUGCAUUCGGAAAGAGAUAGAGACCUCAGAGCCCUGCAGCUGCAUCCACUUCACCAAUUACAGUAUCCUUAUUGGAACCAAUAAAUUCUACGAAAUUGACAUGAAGCAGUACACGCUUGAGGAAUUCCUGGAUAAGAAUGACCAUUCCUUGGCGCCUGCUGUGUUUGCCUCCUCUUCCAACAGUUUCCCUGUCUCAAUCGUGCAGGUGAACGGCGCAGGGCAGCGGGAGGAGUACCUGCUCUGCUUCCACGAAUUUGGGGUGUUCGUGGAUUCUUACGGAAGACGUAGCCGCACAGAUGAUCUCAAGUGGAGUCGCUUACCUUUGGCCUUUGCCUACAGAGAACCCUAUCUGUUUGUGACCCACUUCAACUCACUAGAAGUAAUUGAGAUCCAGGCACGCUCUUCUCUGGGGACCCCUGCCCGAGCGUAUUUGGAAAUCCCGAACCCACGCUACUUGGGCCCUGCAAUUUCCUCAGGAGCGAUUUACCUGGCGUCCUCAUACCAGGAUAAAUUAAGGGUUAUUUGCUGCAAAGGAAACCUUGUGAAGGAGUCCGGCACUGACCACCACCGGGGCCCCUCCACCUCCCGCAGCCCCAACAAGCGAGGCCCGCCAACAUACAACGAGCACAUCACCAAGCGUGUGGCCUCUAGCCCGGCGCCACCGGAAGGCCCCAGCCACCCACGAGAGCCAAGCACACCCCACCGCUACCGAGAGGGGCGGACAGAGCUGCGCAGGGACAAGUCUCCUGGCCGCCCCCUGGAGCGAGAGAAGUCCCCAGGCCGGAUGCUCAGCACGCGGAGGGAACGCUCACCUGGGAGGCUGUUUGAAGACAGCAGCCGGGGCCGGCUGCCUGCGGGAGCCGUGAGGACCCCACUGUCCCAGGUCAACAAGGUGAGGCACCAUCUGGAGAGGCCAGAGGAGUGACCUGAGGAGCUGAGGGCCCUUUGGGGCCACUGUUGUAAAAAGGAGACUCUGUUAUUAUUAAUUCAGAUUUUUUAGGACAUGGUAACAAGUUUAGGAAGAAAAUGUAUUUAAGAAGAGGCCUUUCUAAGCAAAUGGAUAAUGCAUACAUGUGUACCUCAAAAUGGAAUAGCUACCCUAAGGUAUAUCAUUCGCUUCCCCAGAGGCAACCAGUGUUCGCAGUUUCUAGAGAUACUCUAUGCACAUAAGCAAAUAUCUAUGUGUAUCCUCCCUUCUUAAACACAAAUGAUAGCCUACUAUACAAAACGCUUAUGUCUUAUUUUUUUCAGGCACAUCUAC